ACAAAACAUUUUGCAUAUCAUUCAAUGUGGUUCUCAACUCCACUCUCAGAAAAUCAUUAUUUUUUCAAUUGGUUAGGAACAGUAUUGAAUUGAAUAAAUUGUAUUAUCAGCAAACUAUCAUCAACAAAAUUGACUGAAAACAUAAAAAUAUGGAAGGUGAUUUGCCUGGAAACAUUUUAAAAACUCCGUUAGACUCAGACCGUGAUUUUUUCCUGCACGAUUUUUAUGCACAAGAUACCAGUAUCAAUACAGUUAUUGAUUUGGACGAGUAUUUCAAGUACCGCAGGAAUAAUGAAGAUGAUGAUGAUGGCGAUGGAAACAGGGAGGCCGCUACGAAGGAAAUGUUGUUUGUGCAGAACUUGGUAUUCAUCAACAACAUUGAUAGCUAUAAUGGAAAAUACAUAGCUCAGUUACUACCAAAGUUAGAAGAAACAUACGCAGAUCAAUUUAAAAUUGAUAACGAGGACAGUUUGCAAAGAUCGAUCAUAUCUUCAAUGACUGGAGAAGACUUUGAAGAAAAUUUACCACCAGACAAUAAAGAACAAGAAGCAGAACAACAAGAGAAGAGAUCAAGCCUCAAAAGCUCUCUACCCUACCAAAUUGAACAUUUGGAAGAUAUGAAUGACCCUUUCAAUGAGUACGAAUACAUGGACGCAUUGUAUUCCAUGUAUGAUGUUGGAAAACUGACAACAUUGGAAUAUGCUGAGCUGUUACAAUUUGAGACAGACGCUGAGCGCUUGGCGUUUUUGGAGAGUAAAUUUUCGAAAUUGAAGCGGAAGGAGAACGGUAUUGAUAAGAUUGAUGGUAAUGAAAAUGAUGAUAUUUCUAAAAAAACAAUAGAAGCGGAUAAGAAAAAGAUCAAGCAGCCAUUUGGUGAUGAAUUGAAGUUCAUUGCUACUUUGAAGGAUCCAGUAAAUAAAGAAGCAGUAACAUCUUUACCAAACGUUCUAGAGGUUGUAAAUAAGGAUGAGUCAGACAGAAAGGAGUUCAAAGAUACCGUAUCAAAAUGUGGAGUUUUUAUUAUUGAUAUCUCAGACUGUCACGGAGAAGUGGAAGUAGCCAGGUCUAUUCUGAAUGUAAUCAUGAGCCGACUGCAAAGUAUUAAGGAAUGGUCUCCAAAGAAAUUUGAAGAGAUGAGUGACACUGUAACGUUUAUCUUGAUAUCAACACUAAUGACUUGGUCAGAGACGCCACCACUUGAUCCUGAAGAGCCGGAUGAACCGCUGACUGAGAAAAUGUUCACAAAGCGGAGGUAUCAUCCAAACUAUCUCGACCAUUACAACUUGGAAAGAGAAGUCCUUGCAGCUGCUAAAAGGAUGCAAGGAAAAUUCAAUGCUGUAAUUAUUUCUGCCGGAGUAAUAUACGGGUAUGAGCAGAGCACUCUUCAUUAUCUGUUCAAGUCAGCCUGGUUGGAUGAAGGAAGUUUGCCAGUUUUUGGUAGGGGAUCAAAUCCCAUUCCUUUGAUUCAUAUUGAUGAUCUCACAAAAAUAAUUCAUUUCUUGAUGCAUAAUAAUCGAAUCAGUAAAUUUGUAUUUGCUGUUGAAAGUGUGGCUCCAACUCUAAAAGAAAUAACUAAGGCAGUGAGCAGUACACUUGGAUCAAGUAAAAUAAAACGAGUAACUGAAGAUUUAGUAUUUAGAAUUUCUGAAAUAUCUCAAGAAGCCUAUGAAAAAUUACUGACCAAAUUGAACGUUGAAUCUGCGUUAGUAGGUGAUGACAAAGAGAUUUCAAUCGAAUUCAAAUAUCCAACCGGUUUUAUUGACGCUAUCAAAACAGAGGUUGAAACUUUCAAGAAGUGUAGGGGCUUGAAAGCAAUAAAAUUAUUGGUGUUAGGCCCACCGGGCUGCGGAAGAACGAAGGUUUGUAGGGCUCUGAGCAAUUACUACAAAAUUAAUUACUUGAGCGCUGAAACAGCGGUGGAAAUGUACAAACAAAAAUUGCAAGCCACAAUAAACGAAAUCGAACUUUCAAGAUUGGAGAGAGAAGUUAAGAAAUCAGUCGAUAAUGAAGUGACACAAGAAGAGGAAGACGAAUCUGUUGAGAACGAAGAAGAAUCAAUAGACAAAGAGGUGGAUGAAGAGGAGGAAGAAGAAAUGCUACAAAAAGCCAAGAGCAAACUUGCUGCAAUAAAUGAUAGUCUAGCUUUGAACAAUGGUCAACUGGAUGGUGAUAAAUUAGCCAAAAUCAUGAAGGAAAUUCUUCUGACAACAGCUUGUCAAAACCAGGGAUAUGUCCUGGAUGGAUUCCCAGAAACGCUCAAACAAACUAAGAUUCUAUUCAGUAGUCCACAAAGUGGAGAUUCAGAAGAAGAUGAAGAGGAAGGCGAUGAGGAUGAUGAAUCUGAGGAGAAAGAAGAUGAUGAAGAGGGGAAUUCGGGUUCUUUGGAAGACUUUGAUAUUGAUGAUGUACCAAAGAGAAAAUUCAACAAGAAAACGGUUCCCAAUGAGGUUUUCUGCUUGGAAGCGAGUGAUGAUUUUCUUUAUCAGACUCUACUCAGAAAUUCUGAAGAUGAAAACCAAGAACUCUCAGAAAAAGACAUAGUACAACAAGUUUCAACAUACAGGGAAAUGAAUGCUGAUAACGGCAUUCUACUGUUCUUUGAUGAACUGGAGAUCUAUCCUCAUAUCUUGAAUAUAGAGAAUGACAUAACACCCAAUAUGUGUGUGGUUACUAGAAAAUUGAUGACAUUGAUUGGGAAAACUGCAAACUACGAAUCAGAAACUCUAGAACAAUUACUAAAAGCAAGCAGAGAAGCACAGCUAAAACAAAGAGAGGAAAUAAAACAAGCCAAAGAUCACGAAUUUAAAAAACUCAAAGAUGAUUUGAUCAGAGAGAAAUUGGAGAGAUGGGCUGCUGAUGUGGAUAGAAUGAAAGAAGAAGAGGAAGAAAUACUCAUCAAAGAAAGUUUGCCUGCCAGACAUUACCUCAUGAAGUUUGUACUUCCCACUCUGACUAAAGGACUGAUAGAGGUUGCAAGAGUGAAACCCAACGAUCCAAUUGAUUAUUUAGCUGAAUACCUUUUUGAGAAAUAUCCAGAGGGUAAAACAUUUGUGCAGAAGUAUAUGCCAUCCGAGGAUGAAACUCAACAAUUGAUAGAUAAACUGUACGAUUUCAAGAAAUUUUUGAAUACUCAAGAAGGGAGAAAAGUGUAGAACUGUAACAAGAAUUUAUCUUUCCUGAUGAAACAAUGAGAAAAAUUAUAAUUGCAAUAUUUCUGUUGACGUUUACUAGGUACUACAAUUUUGGCAAAUUAUUACAAAGCCAACAUAUAUCAUGUGUCAUGAACUCCCUAUCUUGACAUCUUGAUUUGUAUAUUGACCAGUCUGUUGGCCUAAAUAUAAUAAAUUAAGGAC